AUGUUUAGCAAGCCUACAUUCAAUGCUUUAAAGCAAUCUCCAUAAUUACUUAGAAAAAAUUUGAGUACUUAGAGCUACAAUUGCAAUAAUGCAUUCAAUAUGAAUAACUAUUUAACUAAUAGAAAUCUUAGAUUAUUUAAUUAAAUUCAGUACAGCAUUUUCAAUAGAAACAAAAAUGAAUUAGAAGAAAUCCAAAAGGCUAAGAAAAAUGCUUUAGAAGAAAUGGGAGAUAAGUAUGUUUACGAUCGUCCUUCAUUUUAAGUUGUAAAUAAUGACAAGUUUUUACAAAAAAUAAAAAAAUUAGAAGAAGCAAACAAAGAACAAAAGGCUAAAUUGGAUGGAUAUAAAUUCCCCUUAUUGCUAAUAUUCUUCACUUUAUUCAUUUAUUACCAAUGGGAAACUAUUCCUUACAACGUGGUCUUCAAGCAUGCUACCAUAUCUGAAUAUAUUCCUAAAGAAUAAUAUUACCAUGCUAUAUUCACAUCUGCUCUUUCAAUCAUGAAUUAAGGAAGCUUACUUGUUUAUGGACCUGCUUUACUUUACUCACUUUACUUAUGUGGACUAUAUAUGAGAUAAAGACAUAUGUUUUACUUAUUUGCUUCUAACGCUUUAGUGACUUGUGGAAUUACUUUCUUAUAUGAAAGAAACAAAGAUUAACCCGUUGCAAUGCUCACCCCUAAAACACAUGGUGCCGUUACACCUCUUGCAUUUAUGUCUGCUUUUGCAGCAAUAAAACCAGAUUACUGUAUGUUCAGAAACAAGGCUUUUCCCUUCUUCCUCAUUCCAGCUAUUUAUUUAAUGUAUGAAUGCUAUGAAUAUAAAAACUAUUACGUAAACGAGGUUUGUAGACCUGCACAUAUUGGUGCUAUGGUUUAUGGUGCAAUGUUCGGUCUAGUCUUUAAAAGAUUAAUGUUGUGA